ACAUGGAGAAGUGUUGUCUGCUCUGACUAUCUGACCCGCUACACGGUUCCUCAUCUGGAUCUUCGUCAGGUUCCUCUCUCAAACAAGGCUUCCGGUGUCAGCCUGGCAGCUUGUGUUCAGCCGGGAGAUGUUUGCCACUGCCACCAACAACUUCGUGCAGGAGGUGGACCACGGAGGUCUGCUGAUCCCAGUGUCCAGCCUCAACGACACCAUUGCUCUUCUGACAGUGGUGGUGAAACGCAGACGUUUCUGGAUGUGGCAGAAGCCCAGAUACACUCCAACUGACUUUAACUUCAAUGAUAUACUGACAGGAGACACGCCUAUAAAGCCAGUUGUCACCGAGACAGAUUUCAUCAAAUACAACGGGACCUUCGGUGACAACAUCCAGGGAAACAUCGAGGCAAAGUUCUCCUCCUCCAAUGUGAGCCUUGAGGGUAAAGACUCCUCCAAACUCCAGUCGUCAUUUGGCAGUUUAAAGAAAGAAGAAGUGGAUGUGCAGAAUUUGCUGCAAGUGUCCAAAGACAGGAUCCUGGAUAUGUCCCACGGGCUGGUCCAGCAGACGAAGGAGAAGUCCAGACGGGUUUUUGGGAUCGUGAAGGAGCGUAUUCUGACCACUCAGCCCUGUUCGGUCAUCGAGGAGGUGCAGCAGGGAGGACAGUGUGGAGCAGCACUGAGUCUCUGCGGGCCCAAGAUCCUAAAGCGGGUUUCCUUGAAGGAGAAUGGGAGCUUGAGUAAAGACAGUAACGUCACCAUGGAGAUUCCCAUCCAUACUACCCUUGCGUAUGCCCUCUUAGAGCUAGAGAUCAAACAUGACGGGCGCUAUGAGCUGUGUCUGAUGUCAGACACCACCGGACGUUUUGAAGUAGAUGGCCCUUCCAAGAGAGGACUGUUGGGCAUCGUUGGAGCUCCUGACUCUGAGAAAAGCCACCUAGCACAAGAGCUGGAGCAACUGAGAGAUCAUUUCCAGCUGCUUUCAGCUCUUUCCACAAGGUCGUCGCUACUCCAACAAAUAACAGAGGUUAUGGCGGACCGAGGGGCCGUCAGUUUACUGCAGGAUGUGCUGGAACAGAUGUGCUUUGAAAAGAAACCUGCCGUGAGCGACGUCACAGCAACAGAGUCCCAAAAACACAACAUCCAAGCAAUCCUCGACCUUUUCGAGCAGUCUGGUCAAGUGGCUUUCAAACCAGUCCUCUCUGCAUUUCACCUCAUCACCAGCGCCAUGGAUGAGAUGACAAACGAUAUUCUUUCUCUCUUGGGAACGUGCUGCAGCCUCACUGUGCUACCGGCUCUGGAGCUCCUGGUGCAGUGCGUAUCGGGGACAGGGGAGUUGUCUCUGAGCAGCGCCGGCUUCGCUGCGCUGACGGAAGACGUUUACGAGGAGACUGAACGUCUGUUUGCCUCCUCGAAUGUGUCCCUGAAGAGAGAUGGAAACACAGUGACGGCAGACAUAAGACACACGCCAGGAAACCUCCCUCUGGUCCUGUGUAUCGCUGUCAGAGGACUCGCCUCGUUGGCCCGCUGUGAUUGAACUGAAGGCCUCUCAACAUCCAAUCAAAACUUUAAACAUCACACUAGAUCAAGUGUUAUCCGUCAGGGUUGUUUUCCUUCGUUUUUGGUGCAGGAGAAUUUUUCACGAAGGCAAUAUUUCUGGAGUGUUAUUAUAUAAAUGUAAUAGCGAUGAAACAAUGCGUAAAUUAAUGCGUGUAAGUCAAUCGACGACAAAUGGUGAAACAAAUGGACAAUCAAUUUGUUGAGGUCAUUUGAGGAUGUCGCCCAAGGCUCUGGGAAAAGUGUGAGGGGCAUUUCUCCCGGAUUUCUAACCCAAAAAAAUAUUACAAUCAUAGAAAGGAUCAACUUUAUAUUAUGUUUCGCUGUGUAAGAAAGAGACGACAAUUGUUCUUACUAAAAGUUAAGCCACAUCUUCAAGCCAAUUAAAACUGAAUCUUAAAUAUACCAUUUCACAACUGAAUUACUUUGAAGUAUAAUUUUCACUACAUGUUAAAUUCUUGGCACCUUCUGGUGACUUCAGCAUCCAGUCACACGGAUAUGAAAGUUAGUCUCUGAAAGAAAAUGUAAGAAAAAGGCUUACCAUCUUCUUUUAGGUCAUAGUAUCUUAAAGAAGCCUCUUGACUUCAUUGCCUUCUUAAAAUUAGAUUUAAAUGACAGAUUUGUGUUUCUAAUAAAGACCAUGGGCUGAGUGAAUAUGUUCCGAUGGACUGUGGGGUGUCUGUUAAUUCCUGAUAUAGGACAAGGAAUAUUUAAAAGAGGGUAAUUAUAUCCGUGUGCCAAACUUUGGUGCCAGUUCUAUUAAAGUGAAUGGGCCAAUGUAAAUCCCACAAUAACUCUUUAAAUCUAUCUGUGGUUUCUUCUUUGACUGCAAAUUGAUUUAACAAAAUAAAAACAUUGUGAUGUUGGUUGUUUUAAAAGAAUAAUCUAAAAGUUAA